GUGGUGACUGCCAGUGGAAAAGAAAAUUUCAUUACUCACACACACCAGUUUAUGCAGCUUUCCAACUCUCUGCAAGUGGUUUUCCUGUGUCCUCAGGGAUAUGUAUAAAAAGGUAAGCGACACAACUGUCUGCAUUUCCAGUAAAUCUUUCGAAAAGCGUGUUUUGGUGAUCUGGUACCUACUGACUCUGAGAAUAUGAAGCUGGUCGUGUUUUGCCUUUUUGCAGUCUGCUGCUGUUCUGUGGCCAGCAGGUCGACAGGCAGUAUUGAUAAAACUCAGCAGAGAAGAAAAUUACAAGAAGUCCUCAGACAGCUGAAGGCUGUGAAAGACAUCAUCCCGCUCAGUGAGGGAAUGCUGAAUACUCCACCAAACAAUAUCGAGGACUGCUGCUGUCUGUCGGCACUGCAGUGCUUUCGGGCUAAUCUGCAGGUGCAAUUCAACAUGACAGAGAGACACCAAAGCAAGCUUUACAGGAGCCUCAGGAAUCCCAUUACUGAAAGCGGCCUGGACUUUUGUAAUUCACAAGAUGUUACGUCCACCUGCCAAGAUUGCACCUCACAUCCAAAGGAAAAUGCCAAGGAGUUUUUCAACAGACUGGAGUCUCUUAUUCAAAGGGUAAGGCGAAGUCCUUCUUUGUUUUACUGCAGCAUAAGGAAAAGAUGGCUGUAAAUCUGUAGCAAUAUAUAUCAUUAUGUUGUAUAAAUGUGAAUAUAUGAGACGAUGAUUGAUGAGAAAAUUCAAUCUAAUUUUUUUCCCUACAUUUUUUUUAGGCCAUAAGCAGACUGAGCUGAGAAGGGGCAGAGAUCUACUUGUGACCAAGGAUUGAAUGUAGAGAAGACACUACGCUGAGAAGAUGCUAAACAAGUUAUAGCCUCGUGAAUAUUUCACUGUACUUAUUUAAUAUUUAUUUAGACAGUAGUGGUGAAGCCACUGAAGCUAUGAAGGUUUUAUCAGAAUAGCUGCUUUGCUGCCACCCAGUGGACUUGGCAGUUUUGAUUUUUAUUUUUCUCUAUUUUUCACUGAAAGUGAAAGUUAAUUUAUUUGUUGUAGUUCUCAAAGAAUAUCAAGUAUAUAACAAGAUUUAUACUGUGUAUGAUGUGUCUUGGCACAGGAAUUCUUUUAUCAUUGUACCAUUUGAAUAUAUAUUAAAUUUAUUG